GUGUGAGUGUGUGUGACGUUUGUUGAAAUGACCGCCAGCUCUUUCCUUUCUCAACAUGCCUGCAGCAAUGCACCUCACUGUGCUGAUGUCCUUGUUUGCAGUGACAGUCUGUCAGGGCACCGACACUUCCUCUACAACUACACAGGUAAAAACGAUUCCCACAAGUGCUGAACACAUCACAAGUGUGACUCCAACAAAUGAAGUCCAAUCACCUACUGUGUCACACCUGCAACCAUCGACAACACACCAAAUUUCCACUGAAGUUACUUCAGCUAAAGUGUCAUCACCAACCCCCACUUCCCCACAAACUCAAAACGGGACAAACGUGACACAUCCCAUCACUUCCUCUCCGACGACAACCAGCACCACCAACCAGACGUCCAAUGAGACAGUUUCCCACAGUUCAACAGUCCAAGCAGCCUCAGACUCACCCAAUGUCACUGAAACCACCACCGCAAAUGCAUCCAGCCCAGCUCUUCCACAUGAAUGGAAAAAAGGUGACUUGGUGGCAAACCCCGGCCUUGUGGCCGUCCUCUGCAUCUUCUGCAUUGUUCUCUUCCUCGUGCUGGUCGUGGCUGUAGUGAAAUGUGCCCAAUCACCGAGGUCCAACUUUGAGAGGCUUGACGAUGUCCCGAUGGGCAAAAUGAAUGAAGAGUCUCCGUUUGCUCACUAUUCAAAAUGACAUAGGAGGAGUCCAGUUUGCUGUACAACCCUGUUUUUUCUGGGAAGAAGAAAUCGCAGUGAAACAAACUUUAAACACAAAAAAGACGAGUUUUUGUUUUUCCUUUCAGGCUCUUGCUUCUUCAUAUAGCACUUCUCAUUGCUGUCAGUGAUUGUGGAAUAUUUCUGCCUCAGCUUUGACCUUUGACCUGUAUGGUUGGUUGCUUGUAAUUCUGCUGAUUUAGGCUCUGAAGUUUAAUCAAUUGUUGCACUAACUUGUUCUCUGUAGUUUUGAAG